AUGUUCAGUCACAUUCCAUUUGUGUAUCCUUCCAAUGAAGAAAUCCAUCAGGAGAUUCAACCAUCCUUCAAUGCAGUGAAGGCCACAAAGAGUGUAGAAGUUCACGCUCCUGAUAACAUUGUGAACGAUCCUCCUUGUAAUGAUGCUACUAUAGGAGAUGUUCCCAAUUCAACCAAUAUCUUUGAUGAUCCUCCUCCUAAAUUUCUGAGCGAUGCUAAUGGUCCCUCACCUGUUGCUGAAGAUAAUCUCUUUGAAGAGAUUUUAUUUCGUGAGAGAAAUGAAAUUACUCCUCGUCCAGAAUAUGAGCUAGAAGGUCAUCAAGAAACUCCCACUCAAGAAGCUCUACAUGAUGACAACAAGAGUAAAGGUGAUGUGGAUCAGAAAUCUGAAAGUUCCACUUUGGACACAAGAUCCUCUGACGAGAACAUUGUGGAACUUUUUGCCUUAUUGGAACUCCGAGACAACUUUGCCAUUGCUAACUCUAAAGUUGACAAGGUCAUUCAGCAGGUCGCAGGCCUUGACACAAAACUUGAUCUUGUCAUUAAAUCUCUUUUUGAGAUCAAGGCUGUUGUUCCAUCCGAGCAUGAUCGUGCAAAUCAACUAGAUCAGAUUAUCUCUCUUUUCCUAAGGCAUACUUUAGAAGAAGUCAAUUCAGCUCAACAUUUUGUGGAUACUCCGAACCACAACUUUGAUGAAAUGUUGAUCAUUCUAGAUGAAACCUUUUCUCAUCUCAAAGCUCAAGCUCCAACUGUUGAGGUUUAUGGUUCGCUUUCCAAGAAACCUGAUGAGAUCCCGGAAGAACCCUUGCUUCCUCCUCCAUCCAAUAUAUUCAUCACCCAAUAUGGCCUACAAAUCAUGUCUUCCAUCUCCUAUCAAGCUGAUCAAUCCAAAGAUAAAGGCAAGAAAAUAGCUACUGAUUUCAAAUAG